UUUUUGAAAUAUAUGUUAUACAUAAGAUAUCAUAUAUUCAUAUAUAUACAUGCUCUUCUUGUUUCACCCUAUUCUUGCUUUUUUGAGAAAACCAGCUUCUUCUCCUUCUUUUACCCUUUCUUAAUCCGUCAGCCAUAAAACAAUUUUCAAUGGGCAAAGCGCAUCCUUGUGCUUCUCUCAAGUCCCUGUCCAAAAGAGUAGGAGGCAUACUUUGCUAUUGUGGUUCGUCAGACAAGUACGAGAAGUUGGACGCAAAGCUCGAAAAGAAAAUGAUUGAAUUUAAGAGAAAUUCAUCAGGACAUCAGAAUUUCAAAACGAUUGACAGUAUAAUUAUGAGGUUCCCUGAGUUGAAAGAAGGAUUGAAAACUAUCAAAUAUGUAUUUGAUCAAUAUGACGAAGAUGGUAAUGAAAUUAUCGACCGUGAGGAACUCAAGAAAUGCUUAGAAAAACUACAACUUCAUCUUACAGAGGAAGAGGUUGAGGUUCUAUUUGAUUCUUGUGACUUUGAUGGGAACCAAGGAAUACAAUUUAAUGAGUUUAUAGUUCUCCUAUGCCUCAUCUAUCUCCUACUUAAACCUUCCUCCUCUUCUUAUGCCGGCACCACAUCAAACAUGGGUUCACCAGAGCUUGAGGCAACUUUCGACACCAUAGUCAAUGUAUUCUUGUUUCUGGACAAGAAUGGAGAUGGCAAGCUGAACAAAAAGGAUAUGAUCAAGGCAUUAAACGAGGCGUGCCCUUGGGAGAAAUCUCCUGCACAU